GCCCGCUUUCUAGAAUACAGGGCAGUUUCAGGCGCUAUGACUGCCCGUGCUUCUCAAACAGCUGAGCCCAGAACUGGAGGCUGCUGAUAGAAGGCCGUCGGAUAUCAAACAAGGGAACGACGAACCUCCAACCUGAACCGCAACCGUGACCCGUCCGCCAACACAAACUGAACGGAAGUCGGCCACCGGCAAAAUUCCCCCAAGCAAACAACAACCGUGACCUUGAACGGCGGCAACCAAACCAUUUGCUUCACAACACCAAGAACAACCUUAAGCGAGCCGAUCAGUGGUCUCACUCUGCAUCAGCACCUCGACGUUCUGGCAGUGUCGUCGUUUCGAAAGCCCCCGCGCGCAACACAGCCCGCUCGCCGAUCCAAUCCGUUAUGCGAUGAUGUGACCUUUUAGACGACGUCCAAGCCCAUAAUCUACAUCUUUCCAUAGUCCCGCAUUGCGACAACCCGCAAUACGACAGCCACACCUUUUACCUUUCGACAAAACUUCCGGGUGUGAACUCUUCAAGAGUUUACCUCCGUCAACCCACUCGCCAUCAUGGCCAACAUGGAGGUGUCCUUCACACACCUUGGAAACCACUUGGUUUCCGACUCUGCUGCUGCCAUCAAGGCCGGUGGCUCCGACGAACUGUCCAAUAUCGAUCCCGAUGAGAACCUCCUCUACGGUGUCUACGGUGGACGUGGUCCCCGCGGCAAUGGUAGACGCCGCCACGAUGACGACGACAACGAGACCGAGGUCCUUGAUGACGAUGAUGACGAGAGUUUGGCCAGCGUUCCAGUCGACGGCAUGAAGAGCCUCAAGCUGGAUGCCCCCGUGGAGGAGAAGGAACUGCCUCCCCACGCCUGUGCCUACUGUGGCAUCCACUCGCCCUCUAGCGUCGUCAAGUGCCUUACCUGUAACAAGUGGUUCUGCAGCGCCAAAGGAAGCGCCUUCUCGUCCCAUAUCGUCAACCACCUUGUUCGCGCCCGUCACAAGGAAGUUCAACUUCACCCCGAGUCCUCCCUCGGCGAUACCGUCCUCGAAUGUUACAACUGCGGCACCAAGAAUGUCUUCAUCCUCGGUUUCAUCCCUGCCAAGUCAGACACGGUUGUGGUCCUCCUCUGCCGCCAGCCGUGUGGUGCUAGUACGUCGACCAAGGAUAUGAGCUGGGAUAUAUCCAGGUGGCAACCCUUGAUCGAAGACAGGGCUUUCCUCAACUGGCUCGUCACCCCUCCCACGGAUGCUGAGCAGCUUCGUGCUCGCCAUCUCACGCCGCCCAUGAUUGCCAAGCUCGAGGAAAUGUGGAAGGAGGCACCGAACGCGACUGUUGCCGACCUCGAAAAGACUGCCGGAGUCGAUGAUGAUCCUCACCCGGUCUUGCUCAAGUACGACGACCCUUAUCAUUAUCAGAACAUCUUCGGCCCUCUCGUCAAGAUGGAAUCCGACUACGACAAAAAGCUGAAGGAGGCCCAGUCUGAGGAUGGCCUUCAAGUCCGCUGGCAUCUGGGUCUCAAUAGUAAACACGUCGCCAGCUUCAUCCUUCCCAAGAUCGAGUCCGGUGACGUUAAGCUGGCCGUUGGCGAUGAGAUGCGUCUCAAGUACAAGGGAGAGCUGCGCCCGCCUUGGGAGGGUGUUGGAUAUGUUAUCAAGAUUCCCAACAACCAGUCCGACGAGGUUGAGGUGGAACUUCGCAAGUCAGCCAAUGACAAGUCUGUCCCCACGGAAUGCACACACAAUUUCUCGGCCGACUAUGUGUGGAAAGCGACUUCCUAUGACCGCAUGCAGCUGGCCAUGAAGACCUUUGCCGUCGACGAGAUGAGUGUUUCUGGUUACAUCUUCCACAAGCUGCUGGGACACGAAGUCCAGGUUGCCCCGACAAAGAUUACGAUGCCCAAGAAGUUCCACGUUCCCGGUCUCCCUGAGCUCAAUGCCAGCCAAAUUGCCGCCAUCAAGCAGGUCUUGUCCAACCCUCUGAGCCUUAUCCAGGGUCCUCCGGGAACUGGCAAGACCGUCACUUCGGCCACCAUCAUCUACCAUCUUGCCAAGAUGAGCAACAGCCAAGUUCUUGUUUGCGCCCCAUCCAACGUUGCUGUGGACCAGCUCUGUGAGAGGAUCCACAGAACCGGCCUGAAGGUCGUUCGCUUGACCGCCAAGUCCCGUGAGGAUGUCGAGUCCUCCGUCAGUUUCCUGGCUCUCCACGAGCAAGUUCGCAUGAAUACUACCAACAAGGAACUUGAUGGUCUCGUCAAGCUCAAGACCGAGACCGGCGAGCUGUCUUCUCAGGAUGAAAAGAGGUUCAAGCAGCUGACGCGCCAGGCCGAGCGUGAGAUCCUGCAAAACGCUGAUGUAGUGUGCUGCACCUGUGUUGGUGCCGGAGAUCCGCGACUUUCCAAGAUGAAGUUCCGCAAUGUGCUCAUCGACGAGUCUACACAGUCUGCCGAACCCGAGUGCAUGAUUCCACUGGUCCUUGGAUGUAAGCAGGUUGUCCUGGUUGGUGACCACAAGCAGCUUGGCCCUGUCAUUAUGAACAAGAAGGCCGCCAAGGCUGGCCUUAACCAGUCGCUCUUCGAGAGGUUGGUCAAGCUUCAGUUUACCCCCAUUCGCUUGAAGGUCCAGUAUCGUAUGCAUCCUUGCCUCUCUGAGUUCCCCUCCAAUAUGUUUUACGAAGGAUCGUUGCAAAACGGCGUCACUGCCGCCGAGAGACUUCGCAAGGAUGUUGAUUUUCCCUGGCCGGUCCCUGAGACUCCCAUGAUGUUCUGGUCCAACUUGGGCAACGAGGAAAUAUCGGCCUCGGGCACAUCGUACCUCAACCGGACUGAGGCUGCCAAUGUCGAGAAGAUUGUCACACGCUUCUUCAAGGCUGGUGUCAAGCCUGCUGACAUCGGUGUCAUUACGCCGUACGAGGGUCAGCGCAGCUACAUUGUCAAUACCAUGCAGAACACUGGCACGUUCAAGAAGGAAUCCUACAGGGAAGUUGAAGUCGCUUCCGUUGAUGCCUUCCAGGGUCGAGAGAAGGAUUUCAUUGUGCUGUCCUGCGUUCGCUCCAACGAGAACCAAGGCAUCGGUUUCCUUUCGGAUCCCCGUCGUCUCAAUGUCGCCCUCACCCGUGCCAAGUACGGUCUGGUGAUUAUUGGUAACCCCAAGGUUCUCUGCAAGCAUGAGCUCUGGCACCACCUUCUCGUCCACUUCAAAGACAAGAAGUGUCUCGUCGAAGGUCCCCUCACAAACCUCCAGCCUUCCCUCUUGCAGUUUGGCAGACCUCGCCAGGCCUACCGGCCGCAACGCAGCCACACUCAACAUGUUGCCAGCGGUCCCUCUAAUGGCCGGUUCGCUGCUCCCUUGACUGCCGGCUCCGUCAGGGAUUAUGAGACUGGUUCUAUGGUCUCGUACAUCCCGGAUGAUGUCUCCUCCAUCCACAGCUCCGCCCUGGGAGGUGCUGCUUUGAGCUCUGGUUACCCUGCCAUGUUCUCGAACUUCCACCCUGAGGCGUGGGCUGGUUUGCCGUGUGCUGGUCCCAACGGACGCCCAGGCGCCAAGGGCCGUGGUCGUGCGACAGAGAGCAUCGCAGGCGAGAGCGUCGCCAACAGCGAGUUCACUGAUGCCACUUCCAGUGUCAUCGGCGGCAAGGGUAUCGGACAGGGCGGCGCGAGUCUCGGUGCUGGCCUUAGCGAGGCCAUCGGAUCAGCCCGCCCUACUUCUUACAGCCAGAGCGAUCGCCUUAAGCAGUAUGUCGAAAGCAAUGGUCGUAUGGGAGUCGGCAACGGAUACCGCCGUUACGAUGACGACGAGAAGAGCGUCAGCACUGCUUUUGCCAGUCAGAUCGGGACAGGUUUCGAUUGAGCCAUUAGAUCCUAGGCGUUGUUGGUCUCCCUCUUCCUCUCGUGGAAGCGCACGACACAAUGCUUAUAGUUCUCUUGAACCUAAACGGCGGUAUAGCAUAUGGACCUAUUAUGUGUCACUUGGUGAGCACGACAGACUUAUUCUGUUGACACGCUACCGAUAGCCUUCGGGCUGGCGGGCAGAAGACAACUUACCCUUCUCCAGCUUGGAUUCGCCCAACUGAAGCUGCAAGGAGUUGUUGCUGCUCUCUGAAAGCCAAUCCUUCACAUAGGCUUCUUCAAGGUGUGGAUGAUCAGCCUACAUACCCUCUGCGCAAUAGUCUCGUGCAAGCUGAACCCCAAGCAUACGGGAACAAGGCAUCUUCACACACCUUCGUCUAAGGUUGCACAUCAAAUCAGACGUGCAUACGGACUCAAGCAACGGACGGGUAUCCAAGGAGGGUUUUGUCAUCGUUCGGAUGUACGGAGCCGGAUGAGGUCGACCCACACUUGGUAUUGGGGGAAAAACGUUGGGUUAGCUGGCGGUCGAAUUUGCAUGGUUGCGGAAGCGCCUGGUCAAAUGCGAUCUACCCAGGAAGAAGUCACCACUCGAUCUGUUGCUUCCGGGCAGGUGGAGAGUUGGAUAUCUUCUUUCGUGGUAGAAUGAUGACCGAAUGAAACGGCAAAGCCUGCAAGUCAAUCAACGCAGAGAGUGGUUGGUUUACACCGAUACGCUCACUCCAUCCAGUCUUAAGCUUUCACGUACCACCAGCCAGCCUGAGUUAGUCUUUUUUCACUUCGUUUUCAAGCGUGCUUCACUGGGACUCACUCGUCCAGGCUCACUCGUCCAGGCUCACUCAAUCCCAUACCCUCCUUAAAAGAGAAGUUGUCGGUUGAUAAGCCUGGACAAAUCCAGUGAGCACUGCGUUUGAUAGUUAGUUGAUAUUCGUCCCUCUGGACUUCCUAACCAAAGUCACUCAUUAUUUUAUGACCAGAGAUGGGGUAGAGAUAGUUUUCAAACAGAAAAGAGAGAUGGGAGGAGUCUCAACAUGGACAAGAAAGGAAAAACAAGAAAAUCAAAAAAAAAGAAAGGCAAGAGAAAAAGAAAGAAACAGCGUUGGAAAUUAUCAGAUAGAGAGAGGGUAACGCAAGAGGAGUAGGUGUGAACGGUCAUAGCUAUUCACAUAUACUUACACUGGGAAUCUGGAAACGUAUCAUGGGUACCUACCUACUUAUUCAGAUAGCUUAUUUGAACUUCGUUUCCCGCUG